AACACCUGUCGAAAUCAACUAAUGGCCGACACAGAUAAGAAGAACGGCAUGUAAACGACGCAUUUUAUCACAAGAUGUGACUGACAACCGAGAUUUAGGACUAGAAUAUGUUGGCCAAAAAACUUCACGUAAACAGACAAUGCCAUACUUGUUAAUUGUAAUAUUCAGCUUCAGUUUGAUCACAGCGCAGACACGGUCACGUGUCUGGUGACAGGAGGGUCGAUCCAGUGUUUUAACUGUACAACAACAACAGACGUGUGGUGCAACGACCCCUUUGACACCGAGGGCCGGAUGUCCUACACGUGUCGACAGGGACAGGCGUGCUUCAAGGUCACCGCAGGAUCGCAAGUGACCAGAGGUUGCAUGUUUCACUCUGUGGGACGUGAGUCGGCCAGACAGCUGAACGAGGACGGCGCCAACUGCUACACCGACAUCAUCAGCCCCACCUUCCAGGAGAGGACCGUCUGCACGUGCGAUGACGACCUCUGCAACGCCACAGCACACGACGUCUUCUCUAACGUAGCUGUAGCUGUAGCCGUUGUAGCUGCUCUGGUCGUCCCACUUGUCAUAAUCUAGACCUCCACUCA